GCUAAAUUCUUGGUCAAGAUGAGAGAUAAAUCAGAUAAAAAAUAUACCGAUCGAUAGAGAAAUGAAUGCUCUAUCCAGUCAUAUAUAAAUAAAAAGCGUAUUAUGUUUUGCAGAAAUACAGUAAGCUGAAGAAAACUAGCAAAAAUAACGUAAUCGACCUGUAUGUAGAUAAUAGGAAAACGGACAUUUGAACUUCGUCGAAUGCUAAAAAUUCUAUAGAUUAAGUGGGUAGUUAAUACGAAGAAAUAGGUGACUGAAUUUGGUUGUGUCGGAUCUCACAGGAAAAGAAUAAAGAGAUAUCGUCACUGGGUGUUUACGCAUCGUGAGCCAUUUUUGAAAUAUAACUGUAUUCUGCGAUCAUGCAGAAGCAAAAGAAAACUAACAAGUUCUUUAUUUUCCACUAUCUUGAUAUUCUGGCACUAUUGAAAACAAUCAUCCAUUGGGAUUUCGAGAAAACCUCAGGGUGAUUAACAGAAGUCAGAGUUGAAGGUAAUGUUGGAAACUCAAUGAAGGUACCAUGUAGUUCUUUAUAAUUAUUAAUCUAUGUCAGAUUAGCUCAUUAAUGGCAGCUUCACUAUGUUAUUCUUAAGACGUUAUAACGAACAAUCCUCUAAAUAAGACUAUGUCUUUUGCUUCUGACUUUCUUCUUGUACGAACAAUUUAUUUUCGAUCCGCAUUCUGAGUCAUAAAAGAAUUAUCCGUUUAUGAGAUUCCAUUCGCUUCCCUAUAGAAAAAAACCUCUUCAUCCAACUUCAGUCACUUAUAACAUUGACAAAUCAUCAUUACUCAAUACCUCUACAAUACUACAAACACCUUUCAUAAAUUGUCUGUUACUUUCUGUCAAUGUAGGGGAUAGCAACGGAAUUUUUUUUCGACUAUUCAGGCGUUAUUUUUUAGGUAACCGUGAAUGUGAUGUACAUAAUAAUUUCGCCUUACCUAAUGGUAUUCGUGCUGAAAAUCUGAUUGAUGAUACUAAUGAUAAUACUAAUGAUGAUCCUUUUAAUUGGCCCUAUGAUUCAUCUUUGUCAUGGAAAGAUUUGGAAUGGAUUCGAUCGAUUACACAACUUCCAUUGAUUAUUAAAGGAAUUCUAAAUCCUGAUGAUGCUCGUGAAGCCGUAGGGCAUGGAAUUCAAGGUAUCGUCGUAUCUAAUCAUGGUGGACGGCAGUUGGAUACAAGUCAAUCGACGAUUGAAGCUCUACCCGAUAUUAUACGAGUCGUAAGAGACGAAGAAAAAAAUUAUAAAAUGGAUGUUUAUGUUGAUGGUGGUGUUCGACGAGGAACAGAUAUUUUAAAAGCUGUGGCUUUAGGAGCAAAAGCUGUGAUGGUCGGAAGACCAAUUUUAUGGGGUUUAGCAGUCGAUGGAGAGAAAGGUGUGAAUAAUGUGUUGCAAAUAUUGAAAAACGAAUUUCAAACUGCUAUGAUGUUGUGUGGUUGUCAAACUAUUGAAGAUAUUAGCAAAAAUAAUAUUUUAGUAAUGAAUAACAAUAAUAACAAAUCAAAGUUAUAA